AUGCCAGGAGAUUCUGAUUAUGUUUUCGUAUUCUCAGGUUCCGACGCAAGACAUUAUCAAAAUAAUAACAAUCGAUAUUUAUCAAAUAUUGUAUCAUCGUCAUCAAAUGAUCCAAAUUCUCAAUUGCAACAACAAUCACCACCAAGUUAUGAAGAAGCAAUUAGAAAUUCAAUAAAUCCCACUCAUAUGACCGCCUGCCCCUGCCCUGCAAUCAAUAAUGAUCCAUCUGAAAGAAACAUUCAAUCAUCUAAUGAAAUUGUUGUCGUUGUUACAGAGAAUGAGAAUCGACAUUUGCUUAACAACGAAAACAAAGGAACAAAUUAUUAUUAUGGCUCGAGUAAAACACCAUCGUCACCAGAAGGAGACGAAGAAAAUAUGCCAUCCCCCCCUGAAUACACCGUUUCCGAUAUUAAUUUUGAAAGAAGUCCCGAAGGUGUUGUGUCUUGUGAUUCAAAGCUAAAUAGAGAACCAGAAUCAUUGUAUAGAUUUAUUAUUGAACAUAAUGACAAGCCUGAAAUGGCAAUAAAAAUACAUGGAUAUCAUCAUGAAGAAACAAGUCAAAUUGGUGAUUCACAUACUAUGCCUCAAGAUCGUCGGGUUACAGAUUUCUUGAUUACGCUAGAUUUGACAGAAUUCAUUUUACCAAAUGGAAGAAUUUAUUCAAAUGAUUCAAAUGUAGAGGUUAUGGAGAUUAUUAAUGAAUAUGUUAACCAUAAAAAUAAAUUGAAAGAAAUCAUAAUGAAAAAGGUUAUAAUUUGGGAUUACGAAUCUUUAACAAGAGCAAUAUCAACAACCAUUCGUCAAAGAUAUCGCCAUCAUAUAGAAAUCACGUAUCUAAGAAAAAAUCACAUUGUAAAAGUUCAAUCAGAUCAUAAAUUUUCAAGAUUUACCGAGAAUCGCUUGACUAAAAGUGAUUUUUAUAUGUCAAUAUCACCAAGAGAUUGGUAUCAUCAAAAUAUAAAUCUUAUUCUUGCAAAUAUUAAAUGGCUUUAA